GUUUUGUACGUUCUACAUACUGAUCUGAGGAUCAGCUGGAGGCAGCAAUAAACAGAAGGAGAAACGAUAGCAGAGGCUUGAAAAGCUGCAGAUGUUAUGAUCUGAAACAUCGGUGUAAUAUUUUACACGAAGCCCUUCUUCUGAGAAGAAAGCCUUUUAUUUUUAUAUGUUAUAUGAUGUUUUAACUACCUCGCUUAAAGGCUACCUAAAGCUAUGCUUUAAGAAUUGUCGUUCCUACUGUGUGUGAGCUCGUUUACAACUUGAAUAAUAUUGCAAAGGCAGGCCUUUGCUCCAAACCAAGUGAAACCUUAUAUUUGCACUACUGAAGCCCACCCUCCGCUUGUCCAAACCAAGAUCCAGCAAAGGGCUCUGAGUCAAAGCAAAGUCAAAUAAUUAUAAUAAUACACAGCUUACCUGAAAACAAAUACCAUUCACAGGCAGCUCCAGCUUUUUUUGUGUGUGUGUGUGUGUGUGCGCAUCAAGUCUUCAAAACCUUAAGGCCAAGCAGCCAUGUUUCAACGUCUGAGCAACUUACUUUUUGGUGAGGUAGAAGAAGUGGCAGCUGAGCUCAAGGGACCUAAUCCCUGUGUGACAGAGGCCGACGAAGAUGGAUGGAUGCUUGUCAACCUGCCUGAUGAGUCGGGCAGCAUGGUGCAAACUGACGUUGAGACACAGGCCCAACGUACUUUUUCACAGCCAAUCCCAGACAGCAACCAAUCAAACCUUGACGACACUCAAACGCGGACUGAACGCUUAACUUCUAUUCCCCGCCCACCGAUCCAUCGACGAAGGCCACGUACUGGCAGGGCGCAUGGGGCAAUAUUAACGGCAGACUCGAACCAAUCAAGCACGGGUGUCACUACAUUGUCAAGACGGGCCAGACGACCCGCAGCCCCCUCUGCUUCUCAGUCGACUUCUCCCGCUGGGAGCGAUUGUGGGGCCAGUGAGGCUAGCAGCAGGGCAGGCUCAGAGAGAGGCUGCAUGGAUGAGAGCUGGUUUGUCACCCCUCCCCCCUGUUUUACUGCAGAAGGAGCCACGGCAGAGGCGAGCCCCAUGGAGGACCUGCUCAUUGAGCAUCCCAGCAUGUCUGUGUAUGUCUUGCCGAGCAACAUCUCCAUGGUCUCCAAUGCUAACCUCUCCGUGGUGGGCGAGGAAAGCAUUGUGAGCACGGCGAGUAGCGUCAGCAGAGUGGCUGAGCCGACUGCUGCUCCAGCUACCCACACCGCCGGGCCAUUCAGGGGAAGUUUCGGACCUUAUGUCCAACCUAACGUCGCCCACGUGGCCAGAGUGCAGCGUAGCAAAGCUCGCAUGGAGAGGCGCCACCUGAGCCGUAACCGCAUUCAACGCCAAAACCGCACCAGGGAGCAGAUUCCCCGCCACGCCAGUCAUGUUCGAAACGCCUUCCUGCACCAGCCUAGCAAGCGUAACUUCUCCCACUAGACUACCGACAAACCGGUGGCAUCAUUUACUCUGAGGGCAGUAAAAGAGCAUAGUCAACUUUUUACGCAGUCAGUGCAUUCAAGCAUCUGAUUUCUUUUCGGCACAUUCUGGCUAAUUGAGUUGGUAUUACAGGUUAAACUAAUUGGAUUCCCCCUGUUUUGCAGUUAAGCCCUCAGAGUGGAUUUGAAUAGAACUCUGCUGCAAUGUCCAAAAAAGAAGCAACAAAAUAUUCCUAAAAGUUCAAAUAAGUAUAGUUCUAUUUAUUUUCUCUUUUUAGCUAAAUGUCUUGGACAUUUUCCUAAGGUGUGUUUGAGAAACAACUUUGAGAUGAACUUCAUGACUCAUUUAACAUUAUUACACGAUCUUUUCUGACUGAACAGAAAAAGAAAUUGUGGGAACUUUCCAUGACUGCCACACGGCUAAACUACAUUUGCAGAGAAUGCAGCUCAUCAUUUCCUUGCAGCUUUAUGUGAAGUUAAUAUAUUCACAUGAAACCUUUGUCCUGAAAGAAAAAGAGGAUGGAUAUACAGUGUGAUGAUUGCGGGUUGAUAAGCACAAUAAAAAUUUGCAUCGGAGCAAACAAUUUCAACACAAGAGCUAAACGUUGUGUGAUUCUCACAUCUCACUGAGAAGAAUGAGAGCAAGUAGGCGAUUGUGGGAAAGUGAGAACAAAACAGACUAAAGAGUAAAGGAAAUGAUGCGUGACUUAGAUGCAAUGAAUGUGAUUAAGAAAAACAGCUUAAUGCAAAGUGACCCAUGGCAGCGGCCUGCGUUGCCCAGCAUCAAUUAAAGAGCAUUCAGAAUAAGUAAGUUAGCCUUUUAAUGGAAAAGUAUUGGAAGGUCCAUGAAUGCAAAAUUCAAGAAACAGGCCUUCUGCUUCGGUCACAUGAUAUAUACUGAGUAGAGCGGUUCUGAUGGUAUAGCUCUUUAAUUUGUUUUGUUGGUUUUCCAGUCAUUGCAUGGUUCCACCAAUAUCAAUCUGUUCACGACGACAAGGUCUGCAUUAAAAGUUGUAUGCAGAAGGCACACAGCAUGAUAAUGACCUUUCAAUUUUGUCAAUUGUGCCAGCCGAAGCAAUGCGCCCAGCAUACACCAGCCACAGUGUGUGCCGUGAUUCUCCACUUUUCACGAAACAAAAAAUGACAAGUGUGACGGUUGCAUUCAUUAUCCACAUUUUUUUUAAUUUUUAAAAUGACUCCUAAUUAAGCAUUUUUUUUCUUCGUCUUAAACUUUCAACAUCAACAUCCCGCUGUUUAUCAUAUGCACACCAAACGCUAACAUUGUUCACUUAGAGGUUCAGCUUAAUGAUAUGUAUUCAACAAUAUUAAACAAUGGUGCUGAAGUGUAAACUAAUGUUUGUAUAUUAUUGGAGACAUGGAUGUACAUUUGCACUGUCAUUAAUUUUUGUGAGUCAAAAGUUUUAGUGGUGUGCUGUGCGCUUGUGUUUUUAAUUUGUGACCAUUUCUCUUGACCCCCCCCCCCAAAAAAAAGUUUAUUAUGGUAGUCCUUUAUUACACUUGUAAAUAUAUAAAGAACAUUUCUAGUGCUCUGUUAGAUGUCAAAACCUCUCAAGACCUGAGUUACAGAUGGAAAAUCCACGUACAGAAAGUAAAACCCCUGCCUGCCAUAUUUGAGGUUUAGUCACAGGUCCUUCGACAAGCUCGUUGGCCUACCGAUUUAAGUAGAAUCAUCUAUGGCAGGGCUUUUACUUUCUGGACCUGGUUUUCCCAUCUCUGGCCUGAGUCCACACUUUUAAGUUCAAAGGGACUGAGACGAAUCCUCUGCAUCGCUUUGAUGCUCCUAAUAAAAAUGGAUGAGUUGUAUCUCACGAAGGAGCACAAUGACUUUUGAGAGGACAUUGACGUAGUUGCCAAACGGCGAUGCUUUCACAAUCUUUGGGAACGGAAUAAGUGUUUUUAAAACAUUAAUUCAAGUCAUUAUUUUUUUAAUUACAUACCACAUUUGUUUUGUUCAAGUAAAUAAUCUAGUAAAAAUCUUUGUUUAUUUAGAUUUCUAUUAAUUUAUGAUGUAUGAGCCCCCUAACCCGUUUACUAUAUUCAUGUUGUGCAGGGUAUUGACAUGAAAUGACACACAACCGAAUUCUUGAGCGAUCACAGUGUGCGAGAUUGUGUGUGGAUGUAUGUGCAUGCAAAGAUCAAGCUACGUGUCUGCAAAAGUUUAUUUUUUGGUUUUCCUCACCUCUGUUGUCAUGUAAGAAGAAGACGUGCUCCGUGUGUUGUGUGUAAGCAUUGAAAAGUGUGUUCAGAGUAAAAGUCAUCCAACAAUGUGGAGAGCGAGUGGUCAUACUGUGUUGAACAUCUUUGAUGAGAAGAAAUAGACAGGUAAACAACAAUGAGGCAGGAGUUUGUUUAUAUUUCAAGAAAUCAAAUCAUGUAUAUGUAUCAUAAGACAGAAUAUGCUUGUAUUUUUCUGUAUAGUAAUUAGAGCUUGAGUGUUUUAAAUGAAAAACAAUGAAUGUCUGGGGAGUUUGAUGUUUAUUUUGUGCCCUGAAAUGAUGGCAGCUUACCAACACAUGGGCUUUAGCUCAUGUUACAUCUCAAGUAGUACACACCUCCCCAUGAAAUGAAUAUUUAGACACAUAACAUGUGGUGUAUCUAAUAUGGUAUUGUGCCUUUCACUUUUUUCUGCAUGGUUUUUGUGAUUUUCCCCUGUCUUGACUUAAAUGGAAAGUUGUCCUGGGACAGGCAAAACCUAUGCAAAGUUGAUCUGAUGGGUAUCCCAGCAUCCAUUCAGAAAACACAGGUACCAACCCACCUAGUCAGUCUCGAAACAACAAAAUAAAUGCUCAGGUUAA